GCCCGGAUAUGGGUGACAUGUUUACAAGAUGAAGCACAGACAGUGACGGCGGCGAGUGGAAGAGCCCUUUUGCACUUGAUCAAGAAGAAAAGUACAGCACUGAGGCAAAUCAAGAUUACAGCUGCUGCUGUGAACACCCAAAAUAACCUCAAUGUUUCCCAUGAUAACAAUUUUGAGCAUGUUUUACUACAUUUGCCUUCGGCGUAGAGCCAGAUCUGGUACAAGAGGAGAAGCAAUGAACAGUCGUCGAGCUAUUGAAUCAAACAACCGCUCUUUGCCUCUCAGGGUUGAAGUAGUGCAGCAUGCCAAAGAGGUGGUGGAUUUUAGCUCUCAGUACGGCAGUGAGAACAGCUUGUCCUAUACCAUGUGGAACUUGUCCGGGCUGCCCAACGUCUACCCGAGUUCUGGAGACUUCACACAGACUGCUGUGUUUCGGACGUAUGGAAAGUGGUGGGAAAAGUGCCCAAGUUCGCCUGGGCCAUUCAGAAGGAACCCUGAAAGUUUUCAGAGCCAAGAAUACGUUGAGCUGGCAUUUGAGGAAGCUGUUUACCCCACAGCUGUUGAUGUUUUGGAGACAUACCACCCUGGGGCUGUUGUUAGGAUCCUGGCUUGUUCAGCAAAUCCAUAUUCCCAGACUCCUGCAUCAGAAAUUAGGUGGGAGACUCUGUGGUCAGGGGAUCCUGUAAAAGUGAAUGUUUCACAGGCUCGCCAAUUUACACCAUGCAUUAAACAAAUUAACUUCCGUACAAACUUGAUUCGCUUGGAACUGAACAGUUCUCUCCUGGACUACUAUGCUGAACUGGAUGCUGUUGUAUUACACGGUGUUAAGGACAAGCCCUUGCUUCCUCUACGCAAGCCAUCUAUGUUAGAUCUGGAAGUCGACGAUGACCAAGAUUUAGAGCUCUUGAAUGGACAGUUCAGUGAGAUAAGCCUGGCUGAAUGCACCAAGAAUGGUUACUUCGAUAAUUUACCUUAUGAGCUAAUCCAGUUGAUUCUCAGUCACUUGACAGUGCCAGAUCUUUGCAAGUUGUCUCAGUGUUGCAAGUCAUUGUACCAGCAUUGCUACGAUCCCCUUCAGUAUGUCCAGCUGAGUUUACAGCCUUACUGGGCAGCGAUAAACGACAAUUCUCUGGAGCACUUAACGUCUCGCUGUGCCCUCCUGCAGCGAUUAAAUCUGUCUUGGACUGGGAGUAGGGGAUUCAUCUCUCAGCAAGGAUUUAACAGAUUCAUGCAAGUGUGCGGAUCUGAGCUGGUGCGUCUGGAGCUGGCCUGCUGCCACUUCCUAAAUGAAACUUGCCUCGAGGUUAUCGCUCAGAUGUGCCCAAACCUCCAGGAGCUGAACCUUUCAUCCUGUGAUAAACUAAACGCUCAGGCUUUCUGCCAUAUUGCUAAGAUCUCAGGUCUCCGGCGUCUGGUCCUUUACCGCACAAAAAUUGAGCAAACAGCACUCCUCAGCAUUCUGAACUUCUGCACGGAACUUCAGCACCUCUGCCUCGGCAGCUGUGUCAUGAUUGAAGACUAUGACCUUGUGGUUGGUGUAAUUGGCGCCAAGUGUAAAAAGCUGCGAUCCCUAGACCUCUGGAGAAGUAAAAAUAUCACAGAAAAUGGCAUUGCCGAGUUAGUAACAGGCUGCCGGCUUUUGGAAGAACUGGAUCUUGGAUGGUGCUCCACGUUACAGAGCAGUAGCAGCUGCUUCGUGAGGCUCGCUCGGAACCUUCCCAAUCUGCGUAAGAUCUUCUUGACGGCCAAUCGGUCAGUUUGUGACACAGACAUCGAGGAGCUGGCUGCAAACUGCCCUCUGCUCUACCACGUGGAUAUAUUAGGAACACGAAUGGUGAGCCCUGGAGCUUUACGAAAGCUGCUUCAGUCGUGCAAGGAACUCCAUCUGCUAGAUAUUUCUUUCUGUUCUCAGAUUGAUACUCGAGUGGUCCAGGAAUUCAAUGCCAACUUUCCGAAAGUGUCAAUUAAAAAGAGUUAUACCCAGUGAUCCACCUUACUGCUUCCCAUUCCUUGGCCUUUAAAAUAAAAGUGAAUCGGCCAUAGUUAACUCGAUGCACUGGUUUCAUAUUUUAGGGUCAGAAAAUGAAACUUAAUUUAUUUACCAUUUGGCAUCAUUCAACCUCAGUUCCUGAUCCUGGGGCACCACUGAAAGGUGCAGUUGUUUCCGUUAUGCAGACUAGGUUGUGGCUGUAAGAAUUAAUUUAUUGACAAUAAUAAUGAUAGUAAUAAUAAUCCUUGCAUUUGAUAU